AUGAAGGUGACUAAAGUUGCAUAUUUAUUUGCGUUCUCCAUAAGUUUCUCAUUUGCAUUGCAAGAAGAUUGUGUUGACUUUUUUGGGAUGAUCGUUCCACAUGGAAACUUGUACGUUCCUGGCCCCAGCGUUUGUACAAGCUGCGUUUGUUAUCACAGUCAACCACUUUGGUGUCGAUCAAUUUAUUGCGAUCCACCUUAUUUUUGCAAGAAAUUUCGUGUCGGAGAAAGAUGCUGCGAAUUCGACUGUCUUGAUGAUCCUGAAGAUAUCAUAAAAGAGAAGGAACGACUGAGAAAACGAAAAAGAUUUUUAGGAAUAGUUUACGGAGGCAGCAGCGAUCAUUUACACUCAGAAAAGUCAAUUAUCAUGCUAUGUAUCUGCAUUCUGUCAAUUAUAUUCAUUUAAGCUUAAUAUUAAUUAAUUGUUACCUUACUAGAUGGACUAGAAAUGAAAUUAAUUGAGAAGCAAUAAAAGAAAUUCAAUGGCGA